AUGAAGAUUUUCAUGAUCCUUCUCCUCGCUCUCCUCACCAUCUCCACCGUCUUCGCCUGGACUGGCACCACACCACUCAACAUCAACUGCACCGACCAGCGCCCAUGUGGAUUGUCGUCAAAAUGCAUCCAAGGAAGAUGUUUCCCUCUCCCUGGACCGUUGACUCGACUUGAUCAGGAUGGACCAAUCGACGACUGUUAUGCUCAUGGAUGUGAGAAGCCUUAUGAGUGUGUCAUGGGAAAAAAACUUCCUGAUAUCCGUUCGAAAAUGAAGAUUUUCAUGAUCCUUCUCCUCGCUCUCCUCACCAUCUCCACCGUCUCCGCCUUUACUGACACCGCUAGAACCGGCAUCGUGUGCAAGACUCAUCAAAACUGUGGAUUCUCGGCAAGAUGCAUCCAAGGACACUGUAUGCCUGUUCCUGGAACGUUGACUGGAGACGAUGGACCGCCCGACGGAAAAGACUGUGAUGAGAGAUGUGUGGGGCACUACUACCAGUGUGUCAAGGGGAAGUGUCGUUUCCAGAAAAUUUGA